AUGAGCAUUCUAACAUCCUUGGACAUUGACUCCUCAAAACUUCUUCUUUACGGCAUUGUCACGAUCAUAUUCCUCUCAGUUCUGAAGUCCGGAUCGCACAAUGGCAAGAAGUCUAAGUCAUCAAUUCCGCAUGCUCCGCGCAUUCCAUACAAACUUCCUUUCGGACUGGAUAUGGCUUGGAAACUCGUAACACGUCUACAUUCAAACACAUUUGUUGAAUACGUAUGCGAGGAAGUUCUCAAUACUCCUGGUCGCACGAUCGAGAUGAAUCUACUAGGGGGUGACAUUUUCAUCACCGAUAGAGCGGAGAACAUCAAGGCUAUACAAGCAGAUCAGUUUGCGGACUUUGCUAAAGGGCAGACGCCACACGAUGUGUUCAGUAGUAUAUUGGGAGACUCUGUCUUUACAACGGAUGGCCCUUUGUGGAAGACGAGCAGGGAGCAACUAGAGCCGCAUGUCUCUCGUGUUCGUCCGGACGAUAUACCUGUAGCUGAGGAACACAUGCAGAAGCUUCUCAAACUGAUCAAAAGCUCGCCCGAGAGGGUCGAUGUGUAUGAUGUGGUCGACAGGUUUCAACUCGAUCUAGUGAGCCAAGUUUUCCUUGGGGAAUCCACAAACUCACUAUCAGCGAACCAACAACCUUUCCGUAAGGCCAUGGAAGAUCUGCUGACAUACAAUACCAAUCGUCUACUUUUUGGCCGCCUUGCAAAUUUGUUUCCCGACUGGCUUUUUGCACCCAAGGCCUAUCGUGAAUUGACGCGUUACAUCAACGACCUCAUCGAAAAGACUCUGGCUCUGCCAAUCAACAAUCAGACAGAUCUCAAGACAGAGAAAGAGUUUAACCUUGUGGAGGAUCUGGUCGCCACGCAUCCGAAUGAUCGAUAUUUUAUCAGAGGCCAGCUCAUAGCAGUCCUGAUGGCUUCUAAGGAUCCGGGUGCUAUCCUUUCUACGUGGACCAUAUACCAUCUGGCCCGGGAUCCAGCAUUGUGGAAAAGACUUCAGCAGGAAGUUGAAGUGCACAUCGGCAUGGAUGCAAUUCCUACAACAGCUCAACUGAGGAAGUUAUACCUCCUAGCCAACACAGUCAAAGAGUCCAUGAGAAUGUACCACCCGCUCGGCCUCAACAUUCGAGAGGCCAGAAGUGAUGCGAUUCUGCCCGUCGGCGGCGGCCCAGAUGGGAAAGAUCCCAUAUCGGUUUCAAAAGGACAGAUUAUUGUUUACUCAGUCGCUGGCCUCCAGCGUAACAAAGCCAAGGUCGGCGCAGAUGCUGAUGUAUGGGAUCCUUCACGAUGGGACACUUGGUCGCCAAAGUACGGCGACUACCUACCCUUUAGCAUCGGGCCACGUCAAUGCCCCGGCAGAGUCUUUGGUCGAUUCCAGAUUCAAUAUAUCCUGGUGCGACUUCUUCAAGAGUUUGAGAGGAUUGAGUGGUGUGGACUUGGCGGUGAUGGGGACAAAGGCACGGAAGAGAUGAAGAUCAAGGUCGAGCUCAAUCUUAAGCCAGCUGAGGCCGUAGUUUGCAACUUCGUGCCGCGUCGCAAGAAUACUGCUUAG